AUGGCUCAACAGCAACAACAGCAGAACUUUGUCAAAUUGAUUGUUGCCGGUGUCGGUGGUGUGGGAAAGAGUGCUCUUACGCUUUACUUCAUGUACGAUGAAUUUGUAAAGGACUACGAACCCACACGAGCGGACUCCUACCGAAAGAAGAUAUCGUUCGGUAGUGAGGACGUUCAACUGCACAUUCUUGAUACUGCUGGACAAGAAGACUAUGCAGGCAUUCGGGAUACUUUCUAUCGCAAUAGUGAGGGGUUCCUUCUUGUCUUCGACCUCACCGACAGGCAGUCGUUCGUUUCUUUGGGUGAAUUUGUGGAUCAGAUUUUUCGUGUGAAGCGUGUGGAUAGGGUGCCGAUGCUGAUAUGUGGCAACAAGGUGGACCUGACAGAGAAUCGGAGGGUGUCCAAGGAAGAGGCAGAGGAAUUCUGCCGCAAGUGCCACGUUCCCUAUCUUGAGACGUCAGCUAAGACCAAUACGAAUGUUGAAAAGGCCUUCCUUAGUCUUGCCCAGGAGGUGUAUCAACUGAAACUGGCCCAGAGACAGCAGCACCAGCCCGGCCAACCCGCUAAACAAGGUCACAAAAAGAGGAGAUGCAACAUUUUGUAA